UAUGCGCAUUGGCAAAGCUACGCGUCUUCAGUUUCCAAUUGAACAGCGUCGACGUUGAUCACGAUGGACACAGACGAAAAAUUAAUUAACCUAGUGCAAAAAUAUGAAUGCCUAUUUAAUCCUAAGGCCAAAAACUAUAGUGACAAAGAUUCCAAGCGUAAUGCUUGGGAAAGUAUUAGUGGGGAAAUGAAAUUAACUGUCGCCCAUUGCCAGAAACUAUGGAAGAAUCUUCGUGACUGCUACAAAAAGGCUCUUAUAUUGAGAAGAAAUAAAAUCGGCUCUAGGCGAAAAACUAAAAAACCAAUUAAAUUUGAACAAGAGUUAGAAUUCUUAAAGCCACACCUAGAGGACAGAUCACAAGCAUUAAACCUAUGUCCUGAACGUAGUUUAGACGAAGACAACUCAAUUAUAGAGUCACAAACAUCUGACGUCGGGGAAAGUUCACACUCUGAUUCGGGAUUUUCAAAUCAAACUACUAGAAAUGAAACAUUAGCUCUAUUGGAGAAGUUAUUUAGACAAUAUGUCGAGGCCAAAGAAAAAGAGGAAGAUCCAUUAGAUACGUUUUUUCUAUUAAUGAGUAAAUCAGUAAAAAAUAUGCCUAUACGAAGUCAAGCUAGAUUAAAACAUGCGAUAUUUACCAUGGUUACCGCCACAGAAGUAAAACUUGCCUCCGAAAAAAGUAGCAAUAACCGCUAUGGAAUACAACAACAGCAAAGUUCCUUAACUUCAACUCCAUCUAACAUCCCACCUACUACAUAUUGUCUACCAUCUGCUUCAACCAAGCCACCCGAAAAUGACAGUUUUAUCCAUACUUUGAUCGAAAAAUAUUUAUCUAAUUAAUAAAUAUUUCAGAUUCUUGAAUAAAGACAUUUGAAUACAA